ACUCUGAAUCACAAAAUUUUGACGUAUAUUAAUCAUCCACGAAGGAGAGUUCUUGUAGUACUUAAUUUGGAAGAAAGUAAGAAAAACACUUUCAGAGAUUCUUUGUUUCUUCUACGCAAUUCUUUAUCAUGACUACCACGGCGGCGCAGAUUCCCGAAAACCCUAUCAAAACCCUAGUUCAGUCACCGGAUCCGAAUCCCACCGCCGUUUCCGAAGCUCCGAGUCAUGAUUCCGCAACUGACUCAUUGAAAUCGCCACCGUCUGAUGGAACCAAGGACCAAGUGAAGUUGGAUACGGCAGCAGAUGGCGGCGGUGGCGGUGGUGGUAAGGAUACUGAUAUACAGAAAAAGAUGAAGCGAGCAGAGAGGUUCGGAAUGACGGUUCAGCUUUCGGAAGAGGAGAAGCGAAACACUCGAGCUGAGAGGUUUGGCACAUCUGCACCUCAGGGUUCAGAUGCUUCAAAGAAAGCGGAAGAUCAGAAGAGGAAAGCUAGGGCUGAGAGGUUUGGGCUUAGCCAAUCUAAUAGUACUGAUGAGGAAGCUAAGAAGAAAGCUAGGCUGGCAAGGUUUGCACCUCCUGCGAAGGCUGAUCCUGUGGAGGAAGAUAAAAGGAAAGCUAGGGCCCUCAGGUUUUCACAGUCCCAGUCUGAUUCCCAAUCACAAGAGAACGGCAAAGAAAAAACUGAGCAGGAGACUAUUGCGGUGGAGAAGGCUGGAGGAGGAACAUGAACCAUUCUCAAACUUCCUUCAACAGCAAGAGUUACUUAUGAUGUAUAGUUUAUUGUUGCUGUGGAGUGGUUAGGAGUUCUGUUAAAAGUGACUUUAAAUUCCCUACGUUUUUGUUUUAGUCGUUUUUUGGAGUUCCUUGUUUAGUUUGAUAGGUUAGAAGUCUUAACAUUUGCAAGUUCCCUAGUAGCAGGACCAUCCUUCAAAAUGGGGAAAAUGGCUUUUGUCGUCUCCUAGGUUAGCCAGUAGUGCUAGGAUACAUGGACCACAACCUCCUUAGUGUGUUAUUCUGUCAGAAGUGACGACCCAUAACCAAUAUUUGAAAUCAAUUUUUUUU